GUUGUGGCGGCCAUUUUCCGUUUCCGGAGUGGGUUCGCCACCAAACUGUUUGUGUCGGCCAUUUUCCCCUGAAUGGUCAGCCUUCAACCUCGGGACCGUAAGAGCAUGUCUAAUUUCUGCAGUUGCCGCUGUUGUUUGUUGGGACAUUUAUAUCUGACCAAGGAGCGUUCUCCGCUUUCGUGAGAGCGGUGUCUGCCACUUUGCUAAUAGGGGCAUUUGAUUUGGAAUCUCUGCGGUCUCAUGGUUGGCCAGCGCCCCCCAUGUCUCUGUAUACCGUCUCCUCCUCAUCCGCGCCAUCCCCACCUUUGGUGGUGUAAUUCUGGGAUCGUUGCUAAUUGAAGCAGCCCCCCAAAUCUGGGACGACGAUAUACGUAGGGUAGGAUGAAGGGAGCCAGCGCUUUUCCUGUACAGACUUUCACAUAGCUGGACUCCGUGUCUUUAUUUAUCUGCACGGGAGGGUUCGUGAACUCGAUGCAAGUAUUGUCGAUCUCGGGGAGAAAACCUGUGGCUCACUGUAAUUCUACUACCACACCAGCUUCAUCCUCAAUACCCGGGAACAUUGAUUGCGUUCCAGCUGCCAAGAGUUCAAAGCCACAAGAACUACAUCGCCUGCGUGCAGAUGAGAAAUUGAACAGUACAAAGGAUUGUUGCAGUGACUCCGCCUGAUUGUCCAAAAUUUUAAGAAGUACUGGAUGAAGGCCAACACAAUGAGUUCCCUUCAUGCAGCAAUAAAGACUGAAAAUAGAAAUGAUGAGAGUGAAGUGCAUGCUGAGUUGUGGCAAGAUGAACCCAAAGAUCACAAGAUCAACAGUAACGCCCGUGAGGUAGCGGAAAUCUGUGUUGUGAUUGGUGAGGAUGGGGCUCAACGGUGUUCUGAACGGGAUCAACCCAAUAAUCAAUCCAGUGACUUUGAUGGGCUGCCUGGCACACCAAUCCAAAUGAAUGACAGAGAAGAGAAUAUGGAGUGGAAACCACAACAGCAGGCUUCACUAAGGGCCUAUAUAUGCGGUGCCUGUGGGAAGAAGUACAAGUACUACAGCUGUUUCCGGGCACAUGUGAGAGCACACCUAGAAAAUGAAACUUCCUCUGCAUCUGCUGAGAGCUCCCCACAAGCAAAGAAUUUUAGAUAUAUGUGUGACAUCUGUGGCAAGAAAUACAAAUAUUAUAGCUGUUUCCAAGAACACAGGGAUUUACACGCAGUAGAUGAUCCUUAUGAUCAGGCAGUUGAGACGCCAGCAGAAGUGAAAACUGAACAGGUGGAGGAAACUGUCCGCAGCCCUGGGUCAAAAACAGGUAGCUACAUCUGUGAAUACUGUGGCAAACGAUACAAGUAUUACACUCCUUACCAGGAACACGUGGCUUUGCAUGCAUCUUCUGAUGCAGAGAGCUCUCUCGGCAAAAGAAGUGAAACUAAACUAUCAAAUACAUGUGAAGAAAAUAACAGCUCUCAGAAUUCUAGUGGAGGUACCAGCGUACAGAAGUCGGGUCCAUCUUCUGCCAAAAAUGGAGCUACAUGUCCGAGCUGUGGAAGUGAACAUAAACAUUGUACCUGUUUAAGACAGCAGGCACAUAAUAGCAGAGCGAGAGAGCAAUACACCUGUGGGGCAUGUGGGAUUCAGUUCCAGUUUUAUAACAAUCUAAUAGAGCACAUGCAUUCCCACACAGCUGAUAAUGAAAACAGCUUAGCAAUUAAACAGGUGCAGCCACCUCGCACCGCUGCUGCAACUACAUCUACUUCUACUGCUACUACUACCACCACAGCUGUUGCUGCUCCUUCCCCAGAAAAGAAGAAUGCUCUUCCCCAGAGCAAUUGUACAAAUGAUGUGAAUAGCUCAGUCCUUGAAAAAGAACGCCAACUCAUUGCUGAGAAGUUGCUCAAAGUAAUGUGUUCUGAUCUGAACGCACUGACUGUGGUAAACGGAAAAGACUUUGUCAAACUUGCUCAGACACUUGUUGAUGUUGGUGCACGUUAUGGAUCCUUUCCUGUGGCUGAUAUCCUUGGGGAUAUGAAUACACUUGCUCUGAAACAUCUGCCCAGAAUGUACAACCAGGUGAAAGUAAAAGUCACAUGUGCACUUGGAAGCAAUGCGUGCUGGGGAAUAGGUGUCACCUGUCAUUGUCAGAAUGUUGGCCCGGAGUCGUACUACAUUCUGACAGCACAUCAAGUAGAGGGAUUGCAAAUGAAAAGAUACGUGCUUGGCAUUAAAGAAGUGGAUGGCAAAGAAACUGGUGAGCAGGUUCACCAAUGGGUAUUAAAUGUACUUUCAGAAUUUGUCAUGUCAGAGAUGCGGAUAAUUUACGUCACGGAUAGCAAAGUCAGUUCAGCUACACUCUUGAAAGCUGGAAUGUGCCUGCGAUGUUCAGCUUGUGCAUUAAACUCAACAGUAAGGAGUGUGCUUAAUGAAAGGACAUUACAAGCACAAAACAUGCCAGAAGUUACUGAACUUGUGAGCAACUGCAUACAGUUAAUGAGCUCACUUGAACAAGAUACAGUCAGUCCAGAGUUAUCCAGCCUUCUUGAAGGGCAACAGGUUCCCUGUUGCUGGAAUUCUGUUGCAGAUUCUCUCCUCCUUGUACACGAGAAGUACGAACAGCUACGAGAAUUAAUCAGUGGAAGGAAAGAACUCAAGCACCUCCAAAAUUGUAAUAAGGGUUUGUUGAGCAACCUCACAGCCAUUUUGGCUCCAGUAAAGCAGGCUGUAAUUGAGCUGAGUUGUGAAAAUAGACCAACAUUACAGCUUGUGCUCCCAACCUAUAUAAAAUUAGAGAAACUUUUCACUUCCAAAGCUAAUGAUGCUGGCACUGUAAGUAAACUCUGUCAUCUUUUUCUGGAGUCUUUAAAAGAGAACUUUAAAGUGGAAACUGCUCAUAAAGUUGCAAUGGUCCUUGACCCACAUCUGAAGCAUUUACGGUCCGUGCCACAUUACCAACAAGAGGAAGUAAUCAAUCGAGUUUGUGAAAUGAUUUCAGAUAUUGGACAGUCAUGUGAAGAUGCCAUUGAAUUUCAACCUGCAAGAAAAAAAGUGUGUGGAAUUAAUGAAAACCUGAAAACACCACCAAAGAAAGAGGUGAGCCAAGAUGAGCGAAAAGAUGAAGUCUUUCAAUAUUUAAAGGAACCUGUGCCCAAUAAAACUGUGGAUCUGUUCAGUUACUGGUCAAAUGCCACUCAAAAGCAUCCUAAGUUAGCCAAACUUGCCUUUUGGCUUUUGGCUGUGCCAGCUGUUGGUGCAAGAAGUGACUGUAUGCAGAAUUUUGGUGAGACAUUUUCAGGAAAGCAAAGAGGGCAGCUGACACCUGAGGUUGUGAACAAACUAAUGUUUUUGAGAUCAAACUUGCAGUAGCUGCCUCUCUGACCUAUUGGUGCUCUCAAGCAGAACUAAACCCAGGUGGUGAAGUCAGUUUUAUUACAUAACUUUUUCUUACUGUGAUAAUUUUUGUCUUCUUUCUGUGGUUGGGCCACUCUGUAUUUGUUAAAAUGUUCUGGAUGAGCUGCCCUAAUGACUUGCUGAGUUUAUUCAGUGAGUGGCUGGACCAUGCAGACCAGGAAUGGCCCAGAUUUGAUCCCUUGUCUGUGCUGAGAUAAUGAGAGAAGAGCUGCAACUGCUUUUUUGGCCAUGUUACUAUUAAUCUAAAUAAGUAGUUAGAAGCAUACUGAUCAUAGAACAUGUGUUCCUGAACUAAGGAUUUAAGUUGUAUUGGUUGCACAGUUUGCAACAAAUUGAUUAAUCUUACAUUUUAAUUGAAGCCAUCCUGCCAAGAUUGGAGCAUGCAUUAAGCUACAGGAAAGCUGUGGCUUGUCCAUUUUGUGCUUCCAGCAACCACCAGGGUCAAAUCUGUGUGAUCUCUGUCUUUGUUACUGUUGUCUCUGGCUAUACCAUAUUUAUGUGUACCAAAUGCACAAAGAAGAAAAUAGUUCUUAAUUGUUAAAAAUAGUUUGGUUAAUGAGAAAUGAAAAAAUUGAUUUUCAGCCAAAGCUAGAAUCCUUCAUGGUACUACACUCAGCCUGUGCUCUCCCGGUUUGUUUUGAUGGCCAUCUUUAAUAUAGGCAAUUGUCUAAAACUACAAUGUAAACAGAUGGUGCUGUUGUAUAUUACUUGUCAAAAUCAAUGGAGCAGUUAUCUUCUACAUUGAGAUAUGUCUAUUGUUUCAGAAGUGGUUAUCUGACAGUCAUUUAUAUAGUUAAAAUGUUAUGUUCUCUGAAUAGGAAGUUCCCAGGCUAUAAAAUUUGAUGUCCAAGUUAGUGGAACUUGAGAAUUGAAUAUUAAAUAUUUAUCUAGCUGAAAAUCUGACUUUCAGAUAUCUGCUGAAUGUAUUGAAGAAAAGGAUUUCACCAAAGUAGCUCCUUUUGAAAUAUACGAGGGACAUUGGAAAAUACUGAACACUUGUUUGAUUUUAACUGGUCUUAUCUUCAACUCGCAAAGCCAUAUACUAAAAACCAAAUAUUAACAUACAACAAUCCAAAAAUACAUAGCGUGACAGUACUGUAACAAAAGUGACUUAAGACCUUAAACAUGAAAUACAACAAACGACCAAAAACAAAACACUGUAUAAGCAGCUCCCUUUCCCAGAACUAUUUUUGUGCAAUGUAAUUAACUCUUGAUCCUCGGUAGAAGGUAGUAUCAAAACAAAUGGAAACUCAUAGAAGGGCCACUAUACAUAAAGUAUUUAUUGGUAUUUCCCUGCAAAAUUCUACAUGAAAGAAACAAAGUGCACUUGCGUUUACAAGGUGGUUAUCUGCUCCCAGGAGCUACUUGUUAUUCCAAGGCUUUUCAUCCUGUGCAAGUUAAUGCUUUUCUUAAAAAAAGGUUCUUUCAAUAUUACCCAGCAGGAGUAUGUCAUUGCACAUAGAAGUAUCCAUUUAACAAUGUCUGUAUUAUUCAAGCAUACUUACUAAAAUAUUUUGAACCUCAGACAUCCUACCAAAUACAGGAGAGUACCCAUGGGCUAAUUGCAUUCAUGAUUAAAGUAUUAGGUCAUUGAACCAGGUGUUCAAAGUCUGAAUGGUGUCCAAUAGAUUCUGAGAGUAAUUUUGAAUGGUUUUCUUAAUAUAUGGAUUUUUUUCCAACACAGAAAUAUACAGUCUGCCAUUUAAUGUAUUCCUCAGAUGAAAGUUGUACAACAAAAUUCUUUUUUCCAAGUUGUUCCAUGACCUUUUGCUGUUGUGCAGAUUGUGUCAAACUUUUUGAAAGCAAAGAAAGACACAAAUACUAUACUAUUUGAUAAUGUUUCAAGCUAGAAGAUAUGUAAAAUUUU